AGUGUAAAAAGUGGUGGCAACGAAAGAGGUUCACAGUUUGUGAUUGGUCAAAAGUUUUUGUAGUUUAAUAAUUUUCACACUUAGAAUAACAAAGAUAGUUUUAUACAUUUUAAAAUGCAUUUAUUAAGAUAUUAAAGUUAUAUAAACAUAAAGCUUGAAAAUCACAAAAAAUAAUGUCGUUUUUUUCUUCUGUUCCUAAAAUAUAUUUACUUAAUUCUCUAGACUCUUCAUGAUUCAAGCGAGUUUAUUUUCAUUUUACUUUUACGAAGAUCCAAGGAAAAUGUAGCAAACAACCGUAUUCCAAUAAUUGCUUGUGAUUACUAAACUUAUUUUAAGAAUAUGAUAGAUCUUCGAAAUUUCUAGAAACAUUGAAAAAAGUCUUCGUUUUUGCACCGAUUUUUUAAUUUUGUUUUUACUCAUGGAUAUAUGUAGGUAGUAACAGCAUUUCCCAAUUAAAACAAUUUACACUCUUUCUUCAAAACUAAAACGAAAAUUUGUUUCAAACCAUACAUUUUAAUUGGCAAGAGUUUUUUUUAUAAAAUUUGUAUUUUGAAUAAAAGAUCAUUAAAUCCUCUGCAAGUUUUUUUCUUUCAUUAUUCCACGCCCUGUUGCAGCUUAGUUAUGAUUCAAAUUUUAAUUUUGGAUAAUCUCGUUCACGUUUUUCUCUCAUCACCUCGUUUUAAAAUAUAUACACUGUGUGGCGCGUGUGAAAAAUACCAUUCCUGAGAAAAGGUGAGAUUUCAAUUUCAAAAUUUAUUCGAAAGGUGAGUAUGAUAAUCUAAAUUUAGAUUUUGAUGAAAAAUUUUUAAGUUUUGUUUUGAAAAAAUUCUUUCAGUGUAAAAUGUUUCAGAUCUAUGAUUUUAAUGAUCGUGAUUUUAAAAAUAGACUUUUCUAUUGGCUGCAUCACACCACCUCUUCUUAAUAAUGAAAAGCUAUCUUUUGAAUACAUUAAAGUCUUGCUAUAUCGUUCAUUCCUUAGGUUUCAAUUUUGACAGGUUUCCUAUUCAAAUUUUAAAAUCUGCAACGUUCUGUUUUAGGUUUUCUUUAACAUUUACAUUUUUAGGGGUUAUUGCCUUUAUAAUUUGCAUUUUUGCUUUUAUUGCACUAAAAUUUGAGUAGUUUUGUGUGUAUAUAUAUAAGUUUUUUAUAUUUAUAAGUAUUAUUAAUUAAAACAUGAAAAUACAGAAAACACAUGUAAAUAAUGAUAAAUAAAAUAUUCCUUGAAAUAUUCAAUUCAACAUGAACACCUUUCA